AUGGCCAAAAUUUGUACUCAUUCAGGUACUUUCCAUGCUGAUGAAAGUCUUGCUGUUUAUAUGUUAAGAUUAUUACCUAAAUAUUCUGAAUAUGAAUUAGUUCGUUCAAGAAACCCAAAAGAUUGGGAAGAAAGUGAAAUCGUUGUUGAUGUCUCAGGUAAAUAUGAUGGAAUUAAAUACUUCGAUCAUCAUCAAAGAGAAUUCGAUGAAACCUUCCCUGGUUAUAAAACUAAAUUGUCAUCUGCUGGUUUGAUUUAUAAACAUUUCGGUAAAGAAAUCAUUCAACAUAAAUUAGGGAUUACUGGUGAUAUUGUUGAUGUUAUUUAUCAAAAAAUCUAUAAAGAAUUUAUUGAAUCCAUUGAUGCUAAUGAUAAUGGUAUAAGUAAGAUUGAAGGUGAUUAUGAAACCAAAUUCAAUGAUAAAAAUUUGAUGUUACCAUCAAUUAUUUCUAAUUUAAAUCCAAUUUGGUACGAAGAACCAACUGAUGAAGAUUUUGAUAAAAAUUUCUUGAAAAGUAGUGAAUUAAUGGGUUCAGUUUUUGAGAACAUUUUGAAUUAUUAUGGAAAAUCGUGGUUAAAGUCUAAAGAAAUAGUUCAAAAAUCUUUAGAAGAUAGAUUCAAUGUUGAUGAAUCAGGUAAAAUUAUUAAAUUAGGUAAUUUCUGCCCUUGGAAGGAUCAAUUAUAUAGUUUAGAAAAAGAAUUGAACACUGGAAAGAUCGAAUUUGUCUUAUUCCAAGAUAGUUCAAGUAAAUGGAGAAUUUCUACCGUUCCAAUCAACUCAGGUAGCUUUGAAUUUAGACAAGGUAUCAAAUCUGAAUGGAGAGGUAUUAGAGAUGAAGAAUUAAGUAAAUUGGUUGGUAUUGAAGACGGGAUUUUUGUUCAUGCUAAUGGAUUCAUUGGUGGUGCAGGUUCAUUUGAAAGUGUCUUAAAAAUGGCAAAAUUAUCUUUAUAG